AUGCAGUCCAAGAGGAAUAAAAUUUCGGUACCACUUGCAAAACCACUGCCUCCGCUAGUACCUGCUGAAAAUGCUAUUUGGGUGAAAGUUUAUGGUGAGGCAAAUCCGAAUAAAACCAAUGAAAAAUUACUUGACGUUCAAGCACAUACGGAAAUUUUACACUUUGCCAGACAUACAACCACACCGAUGCAACCUGGUCGCACUGUUGGCCCCUUUCACGGGCUGUCGCUGAGUAGCUAUGGAGCGCCAACUGAAGCGGAACAAAUGGCCAAAGUAGAUCAGCAAGCCGGCGCAUAUGCUGCAACUCUAGCAACGCCGCCAGAGAUUGAAAACCUCUACGGCGCUGGCGGAGCAGUGGUAACCGAAGCUGGAAAACCGACGACCACAGCAUCCAGAGAAACUGCGUCAACAACUGGAAAAAAAGAAACCGAAGCAGCAUCUACAAGUACGUAUACGACGACGUCGAGUGUAGAAACUUCUGAACUUACUACCAGCGAAGGCAUUUUUGAAUCAAGUACAGAAACCACAAAAGUAAGCGAAAGUGCUGGAGGAGAAACAGUGGUCGGAACUCAGGAAGCGGCAAAAGUGGUCACAACUGCAGGAGCAACCAUAGCUGGUGUCAGUGAAGGGAUUUCUAUGACAAGUUAUGAGCCGAGCAGCGCUAUCUCUGGAAGAACUGAAACGGCAACAACAGCAGGAAGCGAAGGGACUACACUAACCGAAGGCCAAACUACUGAAACUUAUGUGGCAUCUGAAAUAGCAACUGAAUACGAGAGUAAAGGAAUUGGAGGCCUAGAAGAAACUGGAGCAACAUCAACGGCAAUCGGACAAACGGAAGAAGUUCGUAUUUCGACAACAGCUAGAGGAUACAGUACCACGACUGAGAGUGAAAGAGGAGAAACACUAGAAUCCAAAAUAACAGGUACCCGAGUCACAAAGUCGACGACUUCUGGUGAAAGCACAAGCAUCCCUGAAGAACUAACAAAUCUAAUAACAGGCCCGGAAGAUUUUGGAUAUGGUGGAGGACCCGAGAUUACGAAGGAGCAGCCUAGCACCGCACGGAUUAGUGGCGCUGCUGGCUUACCAACAUUGUCUGAAGCUUCGAAACCCACCUCUAAAACCAUUGAACAGCCUGGCAUGAUAGAAGAACUGGCAACAACGCUUGGAACCACAGAAACUGGUUACGAAGCGGGGCUUACAACUGGAACAGGUUCAACACACGGAGGUAUACCCGUGACGAAACAGGAAACAACGAUAAAGUCCGCGGUAUCUGGAAGCACAUUGAAGGAAACCGCUACUACUGCAGAAGAAACUACGAGCCCCAUAUUUUCUACAUUUUCCGAAGCGAAACUGGCGACCAUCGCCGGCCGGUCAACUACAUUGGCAGCAACCCCAGAGCUUCCGGUCAGCAGUGCAUCACCAAUUGUCGAAGAAACUACAAGUCAUGCAGCGACAAAAAUGGUUCCAGCUUCUCUCCAACCAUCAGAAGGUUUUCCAGGCUAUGGUGAAAGCUACGCUCAGACAGAAUCCACAGCUUCUUCGCAAGCAAGCACAACUGGAACUGGACUUCCGGGACUGAGCAAAGUUUCAGCAAAAAUGCUAGCGAAAUCAAUUGAGGAGGCAACAACUGUGAUUUCAGAAGCAACUAGUGAAGGGACUUCGGCUGUUUCAGGAAUAACAACUGAGCAAACAUCAAGUGGUGCACCAUCAUCGUCGAAAGCAGAGUACUCUGUUCCAAGUAAAGAAGCACCUGAACUUGCCGGAUACGGCAUGGAAGCAGCAGAAUCGACAACAGCCAUAUCUGGUGCAACGGUCGCAACUUCUGUUGGUACAUUAGCCAGAAUUGCAGUAGAAACUACGAGCGAGACAACAAAAGCAGAAUCGACGACACAAUUUGCGCAGUCCCCAACAACUUCUGGAACAACUGAAUCAUUAAAAUCCUCUGAAUCUACAGGAAUGAGCGAGGAAGCAACAAAGCCGUCGAUUGCUGCAGGUAUCACUGGACUAACAGAAUCAAGUCAGGGAACAACUGGUGAAUUUGCCGAAUCUUAUGAAAUAGGCUUAACAGAAUCCAGCAAAGCGACAACGGAAGAAGGUUUUAGUUUGAGCAAAGAAACAACGGAGCUGCAAAAAUCAAGCGAAGAAGUAACAUCAACUGAAAUUUUGGCAACGAGCGAAGAAGCCACGACAAGUGGAGUUUCGGGGACUACUGAAGCUGCAACAGAGUCCAGCGAAGAGCGCCUAAUUUCAGGCGAAGUUUCGGUGACAGAAUCACAGGAAACUGCUGAAUAUAUUCAAGAAAAAACAACGAAGCCAGGCGAGGUGUCAGCAGAAGCUACCGAAGCGAUGACUGUUGGUUCAACUGAAAGUUUAACGAUUUAUGGGCAAGCAGCAACAACGGUAAAAGAAUCAACUGAAUCUGGCUCAACCAUUGGAGGAACAGGGAUGCCCAGUGAAAAAGCUACUUCCGGAAAGGCAACAACUUCAAGCGAGUUAACGGUUCAGCCAGCCGGAUAUGGUGUUCAGGAGACGCAGGAGUCAACUACUCGGAUUACUGAAGCCAGCGAAGCGUUUACU